AUGUCUGGUGCCGAGCUUCAGGUCGCUAACGAGGACCUCUUGCCAACGGCACCGGAGAAGCGGACUUGGGACUGGAGCAGUUUUGUAUCAUUUUGGAUUGCUGAUGGUUUCAAUUUGAAUACAUUUACCAUGUCAGCUACGCUGCUCACGCAGGGUCUGACAUGGUGGCAGGCCUUUAUCUGCGUCGUCGUUGGAUAUACUCUCGUGGGUCCCUUUGUUGUACUUAAUGCACGGCCUGGCGCUGUGUUUCAUAUCAAGUUUCCAGCGGUGGCGCGCACAUCCUUUGGUAUUUUUGGGUCGUACUGGCCGAUCAUCAACCGUACUGGCAUGGCCUGCAUCUGGUCGGGUGUCCAGGCGUGGCUGGGAGGCGAGUGUGUUCAUGUCUUUUUGCGCGCUCUCUGGCCCUCCAUCGACAAUAUCCAUAAUAUCAUGUCACCAGCGUCCCAAACGACUUCUGCAUACAUUCUAUGUUUUGUCAUUUACUGGAUUCUCAUGCUGCCCACCAUCUGGGUCCCCCUGCAUAAGCUGCAUUACCUGUUCAAGAUCAAGUCCAUCGUCGCCCCAGCGGUAGGGUUUGCAUUGUUUGGCUGGUCCAUUCAACGCGGAGGCACAGGCGCCGUUUUCUCGCGACCUUCGACAAUGAAUGGCUCGACCCUGGCUUGGACCAUGUUGCGCGGCAUCGCCGUGGCUUUCAACAACCUGUUUCCCCUCAUCAUCAACUCGCCCGACUUCGCCUCGCCGGCAAAGACACCAAGGGCGGCUAUUUGGCCCCAGCUAAUCACCCUUCCGGUGGUCUUUGCCGUGACUUCGCUCAUGGGCAUUGUCAUUGGUGCCUCGGCAGAAGUCCAGUUUGGCGAGCAGAUGUGGGAUAUUGUCCAGAUUAUGGACCGUAUGCUGGACGAUAUGCACGCAUCUACACGCGCCGGCCUUGCUUUUAUCUCGUUGGGCUUUGUCUAUGUCCAGCUUUUGACCAACGUGGCCGCCAACUCUGUGUCGGCAGGCUGUGACCUCACUGCGUUGUGCCCACGAUAUGUGAACAUCCGCCGUGGCGGCUACUUUUCUGCCUUGGUGGCUAUCGUCAUGUGUCCAUGGCUCUUGUACACAUCGUCGUCGUCAUUUACCCAGUACUUAAGUGGAUUCAGCGUGUUUUUGGCCUGCAUUGCGGGCCCCAUGAUGGCCGACUACUGGCUCAUACGGCGGGGUCAUUUCCGCAUAGCUGACUUAUACUCACUGCAGCCCAGUGGGUGGUACUGGUACACGUGGGGUAUCAACUGGCGCGCCUAUGUCGCCUACUUUGUCGGAUUUGGUAUUAACCUGCCUGGUUUUAUCAACUUUAUAAACUCAAGCAUAUACGUGUCGAAUGGUUGGAAGCACGUUUUUGAUCUUGCGUGGAUCACAGGCACAGGUUCUUCAGCAUGCACAUAUGUACUGUGCUGCUGGCUCUUUCCACCCCCCGGCAUGUACCGUCGCUUCGAGGAGGUGGACGAGUCUGACUUUUUGGCCACAUUCCAAGGUGCCUACAACUUUGGCCACGACGGGGAAGCGUACGAAGGCUGGAUGCAGCGAGACGGUCCCCCUGAAUCGGAAGCUGAUAAAGGCAUUUCGAUUGAGAAGCCGGUCGUUUCCAAUGAAACCUUUGUCUAUGAUUAG